CACAUUUAAUAUCAGAGAAAAAAGCAGGAGAAACAUUAAUUUUUUGGCUCGAAGCCAUAAAAAAUCAGAAUCAAGAAUGGAAGCCCCAUACCUUUCUUACUAAUUGUGAUGAUGCACAACAAAAUGCCAUUAAUGCAGUGUUUCCUAAUGCCAGAAUCUUGCUCUGUCAAUGGCAUGUAAAAAAUGCCUGGCAAAAAAACAAGAACAAAAUUAAAGCGAACAGUAACUAUUUCAAAACUCAAGAAGAAAAUCUUAAUAAUAAUACUCUCAAACGAUCAAAAAAACAAGUAGCACAAAAAAUGGCGCUGGACGAACUUGGUACCAUAAUGCAAAUUCGGGAUGCUUCCCAAGUACAAAAUAAAUUCGUUGAGUAUUUUACUCAGUGGAUAGCUUUUGAUGAAGCAGAAUGGAUUAAAUAUAUUAAAAGAGAAUAUCAAGGAAAGUGUGAGAAAUGGAUUGACGCUUAUCGAUUAUAUGAGCACCAAGAAAUGAAUACAACAAAUUUUAUUGAGUCUUGGCACAAAAAGUUCAAAUAUACAUAUCUAGAAGCUAAACACAACCAUCGAAUUGAUACUCUAAUUUGGACCUUACGAGCUGCUUUAAAGGAUGCAGAAUUCGAGUGCGAAGCUAUUCGUUUGAUGAUUGGAAGGAUGAAACCACGGCAAAGAGAGCAACAGCACUGA